UAUGAAUUUAUCAAGAAUAAGUCAUAACAGAAGCAGGAGUAGAGGACUUCACGGGAGAAAGAAAACAGAUGCUAGCAUCAUUAGUCCCAUCAUGGAGCAAGAGGCUGACUCUAUUAUGUCUAAAAUACUUGACCCUAUUCAGUUCAAGAAACAGAAAAUUUUGCAGAAGGAGCUUAAAGCAGAGAAAAAGCAACUUCAAAAUAAAAAUUUUAAUUUAACAGAUGAUGUUAGGAAAAAGGAAAAUGAAUACAGAAUAAAGGAUAAGCUCCAGAUCAACUCUAAUUACGCCCUUGUGGGAUACCUAAAGGAGCUUAAAAAGUAUGAAAAUGAUGUUAAGUUGGAAGCCAAAAGAAUGAACUACCUCGCCAAGGACAAGCAAUGGUUAAUCAAAUUCUGAGACCAACUGAAGGAAGAACUUGCUUGGGCUAAGGCCAAGGUUAAAACCUCUGAAAAAAUCAUGCAUGACCUCAAAGCCACAGGUCAAGAAAGUGUCGAGUCCUUGAUUAGAACUGUUGAUGGCUUCGAAGCAAAGAAACUCAGACUUGAAAAAGAGAUUGCCCAAGCUUCCAGGAUUACUGAAGCUAAAGAAUACGAGCAUGAUCUUAGGACCAAGAAAAUAGAAGAAUGUAAAAAUUUUAUCAAAACCCAGAGUGGACUGCAAGAGCAGAAAAUGGAAGAUUUAUCUGAGAAAAUUAUUGAUAAAAGACAGAAUAUUUUGGAACUCAAAAGACAAAUCGUUGCUCUAGAAUAUAAAUGCGAGGCACAAGAAAACUCCCUUGUAGACAUAGAUAAGAGAAUCGAAGACAAAGUGUAUAACAAGAUCCUUGGUAAUGAACAACUGCAAGUCUGGAGACAACAGAAAGCAGAAAUAAUGGCUAGAACAGGGGAAAAUAUCAACCCCGAUGCUGAAGUCCCAGAAGAAGAUCCAAAUGAGAGUAUUUUUAAAGAGGAAAGGAAGAAGCCUAAGCCUUCUAAAUCAAAAAGCAAGAAGAGAAAGACAAAAUCCAAAUCUAAGAAAGCAAUCCUUGCAUAGUUUCUAGGUUAAAGUCUGCCUCAAGGUUUAUUUCUCAAGCAAAUAUUUA